AUGAUACGAGUUAAAAUUAAUGUGUUAUAUAUAUUUAUUAGAGAGUCAAAAAGUAUAUAUGUUGAUGAACCCUACGAUUUUGAUUUAAUUACUAAUAUUGUGGAAGGUCUCAGAGAGAAGUUAAUUCCCGGCACGCCCGAAGAUUAUGUAAAAGUUUAUACUAAGUGCUGGGAUUUUGAACCAGACAAACGUCCAACAAUGAAACAAUUAGUUGAUGAAUUAAAACGAAUAAAGACAAAGAUAGAGGAUUCAAUAACGGUAGACGAUCCAGUCGGUAAUUAUGGAUCUUCACCUAAUUCGAAUAAUACUAUCGAUUCUUCAAUUAAUAAUUCAUUUCCACUAAUUUAUGUUGGGAAAUGUUAUGAAGAUGGCUAUGGCAUCAACGAAGAUAAAACUGCAGCUUUUGAAUAUUACGAAAAAGCGGCCAAUAAAAAUUUUACGGUGGGACAAUCAAAAAUCGGAUAUUUUUAUUAUAAUGGAAUAGGUGUUGUAAAAGAUUUAAAGAAUGCGGUAGAUUGGUAUGAAAAGGCUUCGAAUUUGGGGAAUAUUAUUGCAAAAUAUUAUCUUGGUAACCUUUACCUGAAUGGAAUUGGUGUUAAAAGGGAUCGUCAUAAGGCUUUCGAAUUAUUUGCAGAAUCGGCAGAAGGUAAUUAUUCAAAUGGAAUAACAAUAUUAGGAUAUUGUUAUAAAAAUGGAAAGGGAACCAGCAUCAAUAAGAAAAAGGCAUUUGAAUUAUAUGUAAAGGCUUCGGAAUUGAAUAAUAAAGUAGCUCAAUAUAAUCUUGCUUUAAUGUAUGAAUAUGGAGAUGGGGUCAAAAAAGACAAAAUAAGAGCAAAUGAGCUGUAUAAAGAAUCUGCUAAACAGGGGUAUCCAAAGGAUGUUAUGUUUGUAUUUUUGGAGGUUUCAAAAAUUUGA